AAAAAAGGUUUUGACAGUGGUGAUGAGUACUGUUAUAUUGGGGUCGACGACAAGGAUAGGUUUGGGUGGGGAGGAAAGGGAGCCCUUUCAUGCAAAGGUGGGAUUGAUGUAUAUAUAUACCGGCUGGCGAGGCGGGCACCCCUGGCAAGUUGGGACAACGAAUAGUGACAAGAGGCCAUGCAUGAUGUAGCUAGCUUGUUUUGAUAUCUUGCUCAAGAAAGGACAACCGACGACUACUGUUAGAAAUUGGAGUAAUUAAGGCGGUAGAGGCAACAAGUCUUCGUUAAGUUUUGUGAUGCUUAAUUUGGAGCUAGGCUUUAACUGGGCCCCAAUAAGUGCUUACUUAGGGUUUGUUGGACCCUUAAUUAAUGUGGAGUUUGGUUGAUCCCAUAGUUUUCGAUACUUGUAUUUUCGAUUAGAUUAAGAAAAGUAAAUCGCAGAUGGACUCUUCGCCCUUACUUGUUUGUAUAUUGUUGCUUAGGCUUUAAUUAGAGGCUUUGGCCUUGAGUGCAUUCGUCUAGAUCGUAAUGCAAUUCUUUGAAUGUUAGAAAAAAAUAAAAAAUAGGAAAGAAAGGGCAGCAACCAGGGUUUUGGUCCCCAGAGAUUUGCCAGUGGUGGGCAAGUAGAGACGAGUCGUUCCCCCCUUCCUUUUAUAUAGAGUUUCAUUGCACACUCUGUCAAGUCUCUCUCUCUCUCUCUCUCUUGCAGACAUUCAGCUGGCGGACAUGGUUGAGUCAAAAAAGUUCAGAGGCGUCAGGCAACGCCACUGGGGCUCCUGGGUCUCUGAGAUUCGCCACCCGUUACUGAAGAGGAGGGUGUGGCUGGGCACCUUCCAGACGGCGGAGCAGGCGGCGAGAGCCUACGACGAGGCGGCGAUAUUGAUGAGCGGCCGGAAAGCAAAAACAAACUUCCCCGUCGCAGCAAACCAGUCGAGCAGCAGUAGUGGUAUCUCGCCGUCCUCAUCGUCGUCGUCGUCGCUUUCUUUAGCUCUGAGCGCGAAGCUCCGGAAAUACUGUAGGUCUCCGGCGCCGUCGCUGACCUGCCUGAGGCUUGACCCCGACAACUCCAAUAAUAUCGGAAUAUGGCAGAACCGGGCGGGCUCACGCUCCGACUCCGACAAUUGGGUCAUGACUCUGGAGCUCGGCAACAAGGACGAUCAAGCUCCGGAUUCCAAGGCGGCGCCGCCGGCCUCGGCGGAGCUGGGGGAGGCGGGCUUGGCCGACGAGGAGAGAAUGGCGCUGCAAAUGAUAGAGGAGCUCCUCAACAGGAAUUGACACCAUUAAUUAAUUUAAUAAUUAUUACUCUCACUCCAUGUAUUUGUUGGAAAACAUUUUUUUGAAACAUUUUCAUUUUCACUGUUUAUAUGUGUUUAGAGGACAUGAAUUCUUUGUGUCUAAUUAAUUAUUUGGAGGACUUAGAUAUAUAUAUAUAUAUAUGUAUGUGUAUCGAACUCCAUUUUCCUUGUGAAAUAUGUGCUAUAUUAUGUCUAUAAAAA